AAUGAUCGACGCGAGUCAACGCAGGUUAGCGACUUAUGGCAUCCCGAUCAUUCGACCAAUUUGCUGCCAAGGAAUCUAGGCGACGAAAGUACGGACCAGAACAAUAAUAUAACCAUGACUACCGAGGAUUUGCUACAGCCUGGCCAUGUGGUCAAAGAACGCUGGAAAGUUAUUAGAAAAAUAGGAGGUGGAGGAUUUGGCGAGAUUUACGAAGGCCUAGAUGUGAUGACCAGGGAACAAGUUGCAUUAAAAGUUGAGUCUGGACGUCAACCAAAGCAGGUUCUUAAGAUGGAAGUAGCUGUACUGAAAAAACUUCAGGGUAGAGAUCACGUUUGCAGAUUUAUUGGUUGCGGUCGAAACGAUCGAUUCAAUUAUGUCGUAAUGCAACUACAAGGCAAAAAUUUGGCCGAGUUACGCCGUGCCCAGCCAAGAGGAGCUUUUUCGUUGUCCACUACUCUUCGUUUAGGACUCCAAAUUCUUAAAGCAAUAGAAAGCAUACAUGAAGUAGGCUUUCUUCACAGAGACAUUAAACCGUCAAACUUUUCAAUCGGACGACUUCCACAUAAUUCGAGGUUGGUAUACAUGUUAGACUUUGGUCUAGCUCGUCAAUUUACAACUGGUACCGGUGAAGUUCGGCCGCCUCGCAGUGCAGCAGGAUUCAGAGGAACCGUCCGUUACGCAUCUGUGAAUGCACAUAAAAAUAAAGAAAUGGGGAGGCAUGACGACUUAUGGUCGUUGUUCUAUAUGUUGGUAGAAUUUGUUAAUGGUCAGCUUCCAUGGCGAAAAGUAAAGGAUAAAGAACAGGUGGGCCUGAUGAAAGAGAAUUACGAUCAUCAUUUACUUUUAAAGCAUCUACCAUCCGACCUUCGAGGUUUUCUGGAACAUAUUCAGGGUUUGAAGUAUGCAGAUGAACCAGAUUAUGCGAUGCUAGCUGGAUUAUUCGAACGCUGCAUGAAACGUAGAGGCGUAAAAACGUACGAUCCUUAUGAUUGGGAAAGACCAUUGAUAAGCAAUGAAAGUUUGCCAACUACAAGAUCUUUACCCACGGUUACUAUACCUCCAGUAUUGACUACAGCAACUACAAUCAAUCAACCACCAACCACACCAAAUGUUGACACGAACAAUCAAGAAAACGUCGAACCGGACAACAGGAAAGAAUUAGACGCACAAAUGGAUUACGAUACCAUAUGCAGAAAAAAUAAACAGCGCGGCGUGGAAGGAUCUUCGGUACCAUUUACAUCAACCAUCAGCAAUCACGGCCGAGAUAAGAACUGCAAUGCCACCAUACCUACGAUCGACAACACCCAUCGCUCUUCACCAACGACUCAAGGUUCACCUAAAAAAAGACGAGCAGUUUCGUUGGCUGCUGAACCUCAAACAGGGGUGGUAACUGUAGAAAAGCCCGUAGACAAUGAAGGGGAUGCAUUAAUGGCAUCUGCUCGUUCUGCUUCGGAAGUUCCUCGAAAUAAAAUAAGUGCGAAUGCGGCUGCGCCGUUAAGAAAAUCCGCAAGCGGGGCAACGUUUGCUCGAUUACGGGUAACACCUGCACCUGAAACAACAACCGGUGAACCACCUAGUCCUCGAGUGCAAACCGAAGUCGAUGCUUCUUAUUGUUCCUACGAUGUCACUAAUCAAAAAUACGUUGGCAAUCAAAGUCCCGUUACAGAACAAAGGGAACCACUGAAAAGAGAGCCACGCAGAAGAACAGACGGUCGCCAGCAGAGCCGAGCUAGCCGUGCGGCAAUACGAGAUUGCUCUAUUACACAAUUCGCCCAAAUAGAUGACGAUAAUGUGUCUGCAUUGCAGCAAGUAACCAAAGGUGGUGGUGGCUUAACGUUGGCUUCUCAGUGGAAGUCACAGUUUGACGACUCUGAAGAGACCGACAACGAAUGGAAAGGUGAAAAUUUACAGAGCCCUGAACACAAAGGGACCAACAUGCCGGCUAUAGUUCCACAGUCGACAGUUGUCAAUGAUGCUGUGACUACCGUAUCUUCAGUGCCUGCGUCUAUCGACGCGAAAACAGCGGUGAUUCAGACAGCCACGUCGGUUGUAUCUCACCAGCAUUCAAUAAUUCCGACUGCCCUAUCUCGAAUCAGCGAAGAUUCACCGAAACCUUCGGUUCCUCAUAGAUGUUUAAACAUCGCUGGCAUUGAAAAAUAUCCAGAUCUCCAAGGGGCACUUCCACGCGCUUGGAGCGUCCCCGCUUUGGCACCACAUGUUCGCGCUUACCUCGAAGCACCGUUGAUUCAACAAGCGUCAUUCGACGACUUGGUGUACGAAGUUGAUCUUAUGAGAAAUAUCGCUACGCGUUACGAUCAACCGAGAGAGAGUCCGCCACCACGAAGAGCGAGUGUACCGGCAGUUGCUUUUUCACCGCCUAACACAACGCCUAGUACUCCCGGUGGAGAAGAAGAAGAAGAAGAAGCGGUAGCAGGAAGGCUGGAGAUUAGGGUGGUCGAUGGGACAGGUGGUGCUACCGUUGUGCAAACUAUUACUGAUAGAGAACCGUUGCAAAGAAAAAUGGCAAACGGUACAGUGGAUAGUCUAGAGUCGUCGGUAUACGAUGAUGCUAUUGAAAAUCGGCCACCUGUCGAUGCUACCGUGCAGAAGGAAAAUAAUACCACCACUGCAUCAACGACUAUGUCGAAUAUAGUACCGACCCGUGAAUAUAAGGACAAUAAAGAAAAGGAAGCUCCUUGUAGGAUUUAUAACACUGUCAGUAAAAUACCGGUCCCGGUUAAAAGUCCCAGAUGUUCGCUAUCAGAAUCCACUCCAGAAACGAAUACUCAGAAUACCAGGACUUGCGUGGGAAACGAAAUAGAAAAAUCCUCCACACCCGCGGCUAUAACCAGGGAAAAAGAUGCUACUAUCAAAGGCAAACCCUUGACAGUGAACUGGGAGGCCCGGGAGCUACGACGCUGUGCAACUUUGCCCGACACACGACCGAUUUUUUCACCGUUAACGUCGGCUAAUUCGACGGAAGACGAAAACUUAACUGGAUGCACGCCUGCGUUACGUCGUCGAAGACAAAGCGAGAAAUACGUAACGGAUGCUAGUCAACUAAACCUGCGAUUCCAAAGACCGCAACGCAGAGUCAGACCCAAUUCUGAAGUACUGUCUAGAUUUUCCCCUAGAGGAGUACCUUCGCAUCUACUGGGAGAAGCAGGUAAACAGACGGAAGAGAGCAGCGACAACGAUUCCGACAGCGGUGGUCCACCUAAUGCUCAGCCUCCGCCGCCUCCCACAUCCUUACCACCUCAUGUUGCAGAAAACAAUGCCAGGUGUCGCAGAUUUCGACCUAUACCAGACGCGACAAUAGUCAGCAGAGAAUCGUGAGAUGUCCGUACGAUCAAAUCGGAGCAGUUUCAUCGUACACGAGAAUUAUCAAGGACACUUUACCCCCCGAUACAGUCAGAUUUCCUUUCCUUUGCCACUUCUUCAAUAGCAAUAAUGUUAAUAACAAUAAUUUUUCGAGGGCGUAAAACUGCACACACGUUUUCGUGCUCCAUUUAACAUUUUGGAUACACAUCAUCCUCGAUACGAUGCGUGUACGCGCGCGGCGCGCGAGUCUUGUAUGCAUGAAAUAUCAAGAUUUCUUUAAGAAACCGUCAUUGUACUUGAUAAAAAGGUUCAUCGGUGCCGACAUUAAUAAAACUCGUUCCUCCGAUCGAUGGAACGAUUAUAUUUUCAAGAA